UUAUUGGUGUAAAAUAUUUAUUUUUUAUUUUUAUUUUCAGGAGCUAGAAAAUUUGUUUUCUCAGCACUUUGGAUUGACUCCAAACAGCACUCCUGCAGCUUCCCAGGUCACUGAUCAUGAAAAUUCAUCAGAUGACACGGACGACGAUGGACCGGCUGAUGACACUAUUGAUUUAGAUCGACGGGUUAUGCAGUUUCUUGAUGAUGCUGUCGUGUCGGAUCCAAAUUCAGAAGAUGGAGAUGGGGACGAUGACGAAAAUGAUUACCAGAGAAGCUCAGCGUCCAUUGAGAAUGUACCUCUACCCCAUGACGAUCCUAAUCUGUUCAAAAUCAGGGAUGUAAAGAUUCGUGGCUGCGGCUGUACGAACAAGUGCGUUUCUAUCUUCAGUGAUGAUACAUUGUACUCGCACAUCCUAAACAUGAGAGAAAUGUCAAAGGAAGAAAAAGACAUGUACAUCAUGGGAUCGCUUGUGGACAGCUGCAAAGAAACGACAAAACGGGGAAAGAAAAAAAUACGUUCCGAGCAGACUUUCAUGUUUUCCGGGGAAAAGGUUUGCAGAAAUACGUUCCUGCUUGUCUAUGAUAUAGGGAAGCAUUUUCUUCAUAAUAUCAUCACCCAUAAGAAUACACAUGGAGUAACACCACGCAAGCAUGGGAACCUAGGAAAGAAUCCUAGUCAUUCGCUACAAUAUGAUGACAUAAAGUUAGUUGUACAGUUCAUCUCUAGUUAUGCAGAUGACUUUGGGUUACCACAACCAGCUGCCCCAAGAGGAAGAGAUGACACUCCUUCCAUAUACAUUCCAUCCGAUACAACGAAGAAGGACGUCCACGAGAAAUAUGUUGAAAGUUGUCCAAACGACCGACAUGUGCGGUAUUUCACAUUUUGCAACAUCUGGAACCAGUGUCUUCCGCAUAUUAGAAUAGCUAAACCAAUGGACGAUGUAUGUGCAACUUGUGAAAAACUUCGAAAAAGUGUUUUAGAUGCAGUUUCAGAGGAGGAAAAGUUGGAGGCAGCACCAAGAAAGAUGCAGAAACACAUCACACAUGCACAGGCUGAAAGGAAAGUGUACAACGAUUGUGUGAAAAGGUCCCGAGACACUUACCGUUUACAAGACAGAUUCGUCCAUUGCACGUUUGACUUCAGUCAGAAUGUAUGCAUUCCUCAUCAUUCGCGGCAAAUGGGCCCCCUGUACUUUCAGACACUUCGAAAAGUCCAUAUAUUUGGUGUCCGCUCUGAUGGAGAACCAAAACAACUGAACUUUUUUAUAAAUGAAAAUGAAACUAUCGGACCAGAUGGAACCAAAGUGCAUGGACCAGACUCUGUGAUUUCUAUGUUGGACUGGGCCUUACAAAACCACAAUUCGGACGAAACGUCAUGCACAAUACACGCUGAUAACUGCUGUGGCCAGAAUAAGACCCAGUGUGUCAUUGGAUAUUUCAUGUGGCGAGUAAUGACAAAGCAACACAACAGAAUAGAGUUCAAGAUGCAGAUCCCCGGACACGCACGAUCUUGA